AUGAUGGGGUGGUGUUGCCCAGACAUAUGCAGAGCCCUGGCUCUCCUGGCGCUCCUGUUUCCCUUGCGGGAAAGGGGCUGCUCGGGGCUGAAUCCCAGCUCUGGGGAUCUGGAGAAGUCCCCGCACUCUGAUCCAGACCCCUGGGAGGCCCUGCUCAGGCACAAACGCAGCUGGGUAUGGAACCAGUUCUUCGUAUUGGAGGAGUACACAGGAAAUGAACCACUCUAUGUUGGCAAGCUGCACUCAGAUGUGGACAAAGGAGAUGGCAAAGUGAAGUAUGUGUUAUCUGGCGAGGGUGCCACCUCCAUCUUCACCAUCGAUGAGAACACAGGAGACAUCCACGCCACAAAGCGGCUUGAUCGGGAGGCACAGGCCUACUACACCCUCCAAGCUCAAGCUGUAGACCGACUCACUAAUAUACCGGUAGAGCCCAAGUCUGAAUUCGUGGUCAAGGUCCAGGACAUCAAUGACAAUGAGCCUAAGUUUCUCGAUGGGCCGUACUUGGCAGGGGUACCAGAGAUGUCACCCUUAGGAACCAUGGUAGUGCAAGUGGCAGCCACAGAUGCAGAUGACCCAACAUAUGGGAACAGUGCCAGGGUGGUCUACAGCAUCAUCCAUGGACAGCCAUAUUUCUCAGUGGAGCCCAAGACAGGUGUCAUCAGAACAGCUCUGCCCAACAUGGACCGGGAGACAAGGGACCAGUACGUGCUUGUCAUCCAGGCCAAAGACAUGGUCGGCCAGAUGGGCGGCCUCUCCGGCACCACCUCUGUCACUGUCACGCUCACUGAUGUCAAUGACAACCCGCCUCGGUUCACUCACAAGAUCUAUCAGUAUACAGUGCUGGAGUCACUGCCGGUGCAGUCUGUGGUCGCCAGAAUCAAAGCAACGGAUGCUGAUAUAGGUUCCAACGCAGAGAUGGACUACAGAAUCAUGGACGGAGACGGGCCUGGCGUGUUCAACAUAACAACAGAUGAGGAUACACAAGAGGGGGUUAUCAUUCUGCUAAAGCCUCUAGACUUUGAAACAAAGAGCAGCUUUUCUCUGAGAAUUGAGGCCACAAACAGGAAUAUUGACUCCAACUUCUUGAGCUUGGGCCCAUUUAGCAACAUAACAUCAGUCAAGGUGACGGUGGAAGAUGUGAACGAGCCACCCAUCUUUUCCGCACCACUUAGCAAGAUGGUUGUUUCGGAGGACGCCAAAGUGGGCACCUCAAUCGGGAGGGUGUCUGCCUAUGACCCAGAUAACUCCAACAGUGCCAUCAGGUACUCCAUAGACAGGAAUACAGACUUGGAGCGCUUCUUUAACGUGGACGCUCUAAGUGGAGUCAUCAGCACAGCCAAGCCUCUGGACCGAGAGGCCAACUCGGUCCAUAACCUCACCAUCUUUGCUAUCGAGAGCCAGGACCCAACCCAAAUUGGAAAAGGUAUCACUCUCAUCACAGUGCUGGACAUAAACGAUAAUGCCCCCGUCUUUGCCAUAGACUAUGAAACUAUCCUCUGCGAAAAUGCCAUGCCAGGACAGGUGAUCCAGACCAUCAGUGCGGUGGAUAAGGAUGAACCUCUGAGCGGUCACCGCUUUUAUUUCGCCCUCGCUGCACCUGUUGCCGGCAACCUCAACUUCACUCUGCGAGAUAACAAAGUCCAGGCUUUUUCUCGCACGUCUGACCGAUGUAUGCUAUCACUCAAUUUUGCAGACAACACAGCGUCCAUAAUGACGAAGCGAGGUGGUUUCAGGAGACGGGAGCAGCCGGUUUAUCGGCUGCCCGUGUUGAUCGUGGACAGCGGAAAUCCUGCCCUCAGCAGCACUAACACACUCUCAGUGCGUGUGUGUGACUGUGACUCUGACGGUGUGGCCUUGUCCUGUGGAGCUGUUCCCCACACCACGACUGGCCUGAGCACCGGCGCCCUCCUGGCUAUUUUAGGCUGCAUCAUCACACUUCUGGUGAUGGUUCUGCUAAUUGUGACAAUGCGUCGGAGGAGGAAGGAGCCUCUGAUUCUUGAGGAGGAGAGGGACAUCAGAGAGAACAUUGUCCGUUACGACGACGAGGGCGGGGGAGAAGAGGACACGGAGGCCUUCGACAUGGUCACCCUCCGCAACCUGAACGUCAUCAGAGACCCGAACGUACGGCGGGAUGUCACACCAGAUACACCGACCUUCUUUCAUUACCCAUCAGCUACUCGCCCGUCCUAUAAGUCCCUGCCGGACAACGUGGUGUUUCGAGAGUUCAUUUGGGAGCGACUUAAGGACGCUGAUGUGGACCCGUCAGCUCCCCCGUAUGACUCCCUGCAGACAUAUGCUUUCGAGGGCAGUGGCUCGGUAGCAGAAUCACUAAGCUCACUGGAGUCACUAAGUACAGACUCAGAUCAGAACUAUGACUAUCUCAGCAACUGGGGGCCCCGCUUCAAAAAGCUGGCCGACCUGUACGGCAACAGCGAUGGCACCAGUGUCUUCUCAUAGCCCCUAAAUGUCUCUCUUAACAUUUAGGUAAGAGUCAUUUAUUGUCAGAAGAAAUGAUUUUGUCUGCCUUUGUGUGCUGGAGGAAAAGAGAUUCAAAGACAACACAAGAGAGACUGAAAGAUAAACACUUUGACUUCAAAGGUUUUUGGUUUGUUUACCUCCUUGUAUGGAUUUUCAAAAGCGUGCCAUGGUGAGUUUUGACACAGACUUCAAAAGUGGCUUGAGUUAGGAGGAAACCUUGUGUGCAAAAGACAUUAAAGGUUUCAGA